GCUAUGCUGAAGAACUGUGUUAAUUUGCUGGGGCUAGUCUCCCACAAGGAGCCCCCCUCAACACCAAAAAGGGCCAUUGCUGGAGCUUCCUUCUCGCUGGAAAUAAGCUUACAAUUCGGAGAUAUUUCUCUGGGCUCACAAUUGAAUAAUGUCCCUGUAAGAAUAAUCCAUGCAGGUGGGCGAAUUGAGCUGUACGAAGAUGUGAUUCCUGCAUCCCACGUGAUGAAGAAAUAUCCUGGCAUGUGUGUUGCACUCCCGGAAGUUUUCAGGAAGCCCCAUGAAUCCAUAUUGAGUCCGGAGGAAGAUUUAGUACCUGGCAGGAAGUACUUUGUAAUUCCAUCCACCACUGUGAGCAAGCUGAAGCGCAAGUAUCAAGAGAAAAUGAAAGCCAAAGAAGCUGCUGCUGAUGAAACAAAGUUGGAUAUGAAAGCCAAAGUCAACCCAGUCGAAGAACCCAUCGAGCAACCCAUUUGCUCGGCGAAUGAUUUUUACACCUCAAAGGACAGAUGGUCAGGAUGUUCGAGGAGAAAGAGGGGCAUCAAGAAGCAGCCUUUUGUACCUCCUAUCCCGAGGGCGAGAACGUUGCAUUCGAUGACAUGGGAGCCGAGCCUAUCCUCUGUACAAGAGCUCUCUCCAUGAUUCUCUAUUCUUUUCAAGGCUUCCAGAGUCCAUGGUUGUUGAUCUUUACACACUUCAAUGGCAAAUUUUGUACCUCUCAGAGAUAUCAGACAAGCGAAUUUUCUUUUAUUCUAUGUUUAAUGAUCCAGACAGUCUCAGUUUGUUGGACAACGAA